UGUGCAAUGACAUGCUUUGAUAUAGAAAUGCUACUCCAACGGGGCAUAGGGUUUCAUCUGCUAGGCUAGCUCCUUCAAGUGGAAAAAUUACUGGCAGCUUGCUGGUACUGUGGACAUCACUCCUGUGCAUCAACUUUCAGCCUGCGUGACACUCAAUUUCUCCUGGAGAUAAGAAGAAGUGACCGUCAGAAAUCAGGUCAGCAGAGAAGUUGAAAAGCCCCUGAAGGUCUUAGCUUUGAUGCAGUACAGUGUACCUAGUGCAAGAUGACGGAAGAGGUGAUUGUCAUCGCCAAAUUUGACUACAUGGCCCAACAGGACCAGGAACUGGACAUCAAGAAAAACGAGCGCCUGUGGCUCCUUGAUGACUCCAAGUCCUGGUGGAGGGUUCGAAAUGCCACCAACAAAACAGGCUUUGUACCUUCCAACUAUGUGGAGAAAAACAGUGCCAGGAAAGCUUCUAUUGUCAAGAACCUCAAAGACACACUUGGAAUUGGAAAGGUGAAGAGCAGAAAGGGGGGAAUGAGAGACACAGCGUCCAAUGCCGACACAGACAUGUACGCCGAUAACGGCGAGCGGCUGUACGACCUCAACCUGCCAGCGCUGGUCAAGUUCAGCUACACAGCAGAGCGUGAGGAUGAGCUGUCUCUGGUGAAAGGAACGCGGGUGGUUGUCAUGGAGAAGUGCAGCGACGGCUGGUGGCGCGGCAGCUACAACGGACGGUCUGGCUGGUUUCCGUCCAACUACGUGACCGAGGACGUGGAUGGGACGGCGGGGGGAGGGGGCAUGGGCGGGCUGGGUGACCCAGCAGGAUCUCUAACGGAGAAGCUGGCAGCUGUGGUAAACAGUACCACGAACGGGAACAGAGUGCUGCACACAGUUCAGGCGCUCUACCCUUUCAGCUCGGGUAACGACGAGGAGCUGAAGUUUGAGAAGGGGGAGGUGAUGGAGGUCGUGGAGAAGCCAGAGAAUGACCCGGAGUGGUGGAAGUGCCGCAAAGCGGAUGGACAGCUAGGCUUGGUGCCUAAGAACUACGUCACUGUGCUGGACUCCACCUCUCAUAAACCCACAGCAGGGCCCGCCGGGCCACCCACGCCUGACUGUGACUACAUCUCACCUUCUGGCACCGGGCGCUUCGCAGGGAAGGAGUGGUACUACGGAAAGGUGACACGCCACCAGGCGGAGGUGGCUCUGAACCAGAGGGGCACAGAGGGAGACUUCCUCAUCCGAGACAGCGAGUCAUCGCCCAAUGACUUCUCCAUCUCCCUGAAGGCGCAGAGCAAGAACAAGCAUUUCAAAGUGCAGCUGAAGGAAAACCUUUACUGCAUCGGACAGCGCAAGUUCAACUCUAUGGAAGAGCUUGUCGAACACUACAAAAAGGCCCCGAUCUUCACCAGUGAGCAGGGAGACAAACUGUACCUGAUCAAGGCCCUGGCUGCCUCCUGAUCCUGCUCUGAUCUACACACACGCACACACACACACACAAGCAUGCUCAUACAUAAUUCUAAACCGCAUCCAUUUAUAUAUAUGUAAACACACAUCCACCGACAAUUCACACAGAUACUCACAGCAGAACACACACUAACAUUUAAACUCCAAGCCUGAGGACUUAACACAUCAUCAGGACUUAAAUGCCGAGUUGUGAGCAUUCCAAGAGGAGGUUUGGAGAAAGCAUGGGAGAGACAGAUGCACGGACGGGGAGACAAAAGGACUAUGGACUCCUGAGAGUUGACUACAGACCUCUUGGUCGCCUAUUUAAAAUUAUCCAGAUGUGUUAGGUCAUAGGCAACGCCAUGUAUUUCCUCCUGUAUCGAUUAGAUUUACAUUUAGAUUUCUUUCUUUUUUUUUUUUUUUUUUCUGUUGUUGAUAAUAUAUAAUCUUUUUAACAGUUUCUUUUUAAAAAUGUGAUGAUUUUUAACUGUAUCCAAUACACGGCAACCACCUUUUAUAAGGCAUUUAGAGCUCUUUACAGGUCUAAAUUUCAACACUUUAUGUUUGUCUUAACUCUUCGUAGCCGUGGACUCGCUAAUCCACAACCUCUGCUAACUGCUAAUCCUGAAUAAAAAUUAAGUGACCAAAAUAUAUUUAUUGAUACAAUUCUGUUAGGAUUCUGGUCGUAGAGAUUGGAACGUCACACUGUGCAUCUGUUUAUUUGAGGAUUUGGAGGAUUCCUCAUACUUGUGUGUAGUCAAACUAGCCAUUCUCUCUUUUUGUACAACAGAACUGCUUGUCUCACAUAUUGCUGUAUCCGUAUUAUGUGAAUGUCGCAAAGCAGAGGCACGGCAGACAGCGGAGCUCAACACUCAUCCCUCGACUUUGCAAGUAUGCAUGCAGACAAAAAAAAAAAAAAAAAAAUCCGCUCACACUUUUGAAGAACAGAGAUGGGGGUCACGUGAAGAGUCAAAACAUAUUUCCCUCCUGAUAUUCUGGAGAUUUCCUCAGUUAGGACACUCCCACCCCCACCACCACCACCACGUCCUCCUCCUCUCUGCUGGAGUGUGACUGACAGCUGAUGUGACCUCCCACUGUUGCCAAAGGGGACUUUUCUGUGGAGAUAAGAAAGGAGGGGGUGGUGUUUUUAUGUGUGUGUUAAGGGGAGGGGGUCGACUUCCAAACAGCCGGCGUUUCUGCAGAGCUGUGAUGGGAAAUGGACGGCUGUUCGAGAAGAUGAUGUCACUGCUUCUGAAUCAGAAAUCACUGAAGGGAACGGAGGAGGAAAGGGUCACCCAGUGGUCGUGUUUGUGUGGUUGCUUAGCAUAUACGUCAACUGAGAAGGCGAAAAGGACUUCCACAGAACAAUUCCCCAUGUGUGUUUUUUUUUUUUUUUUUUUUGUUUCAGGCUGCUUAUGUCCAGCUGAUGUCAAGUUAGAAAACAGUGUUAUCUUUAAAUUUUUUGAGUGCAACACAUGGGUUAUAUUUACAGUAAAGUUCUAUGGUGAAUGGCUUUUUGUCGAGCGGGGGGGGUGGGGGGGUGGACCAAGUAGGACCUGAAUGGGAAGGACCAGCAGUGAUGAUGAAGACGACGAGGAUGAUGAUGAUGAUCGCGAUGCCGGCGAUGAUGAGUUCUCCAGCUGUGGCGACUUGGACCCGCACUGAGAAAAGAAAGUAGAAGCCAGAAGGAGAAAAGAGAGAGAGGGAGGAUGGGGGAUUUCACAGAUGAGGAAUGGAAAAAUGACCCUAAAAAACAAAAGCAGUGAAUUAGGAUCUAGGGAGGAGACUUGGAUGAUCUUUUUUUUUUUUUUUUUUUUUGCUGGAUACAGUAUCUGGAAUACCACUCCCAGCCAUAACGGGUGGGGAAGUGAAUGGAGGCCAACGGCUGAUGUAUCACAGCAGAGACUUUAAAGCAUGGAUGUCUAACUCAUUUUAGUUCAGGGGCCACAUACAGCACAUCAAACCAGCCGGACCAGGAAAAUAAUAGUAUAAUUGUUCAUUUCGUGUGAAAGGAUAGUUUCACACAAAGAAACAAUCCAAUUUCUCAAGAAAAAUAAGCAUCUGGAUUAUUUAAGAUAUAUUCUGUGUCAUUUUUGCACUUUGCAGAUUCAUCCCGUGGGCUGUUUUUUGGCCCGCGGACUAUAUGUUUGCCACCCCUGCUUUAAAGUCUAAAGAAAGUACAAAGUCUGUCGUGCCACAAAGAACACAAAGGACGGGUGUGAACCUUUUCUCUCCACAGGACUCGACACAUCUAAACAUACAUGUACUCAGAGCUGUAAAAGAUUAAUUACAAACAGGGCAACAAUUACCUUUCAGUUUGAUUUAUGGAGGGUUAAAACAGUUCGGUUUACACCUUCAGUAUGACUCACAACCUUAAGUUAACUGUGAUUACACCCCCUUAUGUCAUCUGAUUAGAAACAGUAGGAAUCACCGUUUCAAGAUGAAGUUGAGAUUGUAAUCAGAUUGAAACGUAAGAGUUCUUUCUGGUUUAACGCGUAAAUCACAGUAUUGUUUCGUGAAUAUGGUGUAAGUGAAUACUGUUUUAGCCCAAUCUCACCUGUAUCAUUAUUCGGAUCUGUGAUGGAGAUCUGUAUUUGGUGUCAGUCAUCAGAGUUGGGUUACAGGAAGUCUUUUACAACACCCCAUGCCUGACUAUUGUAUCAGUGCCAUGUUGCUGACACUAGAUGUAAGAUAGUGUUUGCCUCAAGUAAGAACAUCUACAAGACCUGUUUUGUUUAGUUUUUUGUGAAAUUUCCUCCCUGAUACACAGCUAUACUGCAUCUGCAAUAUGACGCAACAUUAAAGAAGUGCGAACCGCCAACGUAAUGUGCCCCAGUUGGAGGGAUUUAGGAGAUUUUAAUGUGCCUUCACAGCUUUCUGUCGACCAAAGGUUUAGCGUCCCUUUUUAUCAUCCUCGUUCUUCCCACUUCUCUUGUCAUUUGGUUAAAGCUUUGCAUGUGCGUCAGUUUGAGCGUGAUUUAGUGAGCGAUGUAUUUGGGGGUGACGUACUUCUCAAAACAUCCUCACAGGGAAGGGUAUUUCCUCAUGAAGCGCUCAUCGUGUCGAUGUAGAUGUCUCUUAUUUUUUAUUCCUGUCACGCAUAAAAUGCCCAUUCGUUGAUAUUGUGCGUAGUAUCAAGUGACCUUACCAUGGCUGAUUUCAUCCAAUAUGACUUCUUAAGUGGUCAGUGAAUGCCUACAUGUACAGUAUAAAAUAUGUGCUGAUGUUCAUUCAGAAACCUACUCCCAGGUGUGAUGUAAUCAUGACCUGAAUCUUAUGUAUGAGCACCUCAAGUAACGGUAUCACAUAUUGUUGGUUGUGAAGAAACUGUCAUGGUUUCCAAGGAAAGAGUUUUUUAUGUCUGUAUGUAUUUCAUAUAAGACUAGUGUAAGACAUUCACUUUUGCAGUUUAGCCACUUAAAUAUU